AUGGAGCUCGAUUUUGAUCCUAGCGAUUUUGACUUGCCAGCCUUACUCGCUUUUGAAGAAUGGGAUUCAAUGCAACCAGCUCCGGAUCCGUUGCUCGGACACGACCUAAUUUCGACGCCGCCUACAUUAAAUGAUCCGUCUCAAUUACUAGCGAUCAGCACUCAAGGUCCCGGCCCCGGUCCCGACCCCUCCCUGCUCCAUGCACCCGACCGUGUCCCAUCUGAUAAUCUGUCCAUGACACUCGCAGCCAACGAGAACCUUGAUGAUCGAAUCAAGCUCCUCGAUAUCGAUAUUGAAAGGAUUGACUUGUUGAUUCGUCGGCGUCUGCGCGAUCGAGGGCUUAGCGAAAGCAAUGUCCAUGAGGAUGACGAAGCUUUCAGCCUUAUGCUCCGCAAGAAUGACCUCAGGAGAGGGUGGCAAGAGCUAGUGAUGCAAGGCCGGGCCCGUGUAGGACAGCUUAUGCCUUCCUCUGGGGUAUCUCGGGGCCUCGGUGCUGUCCCAGAGACUUAUUUGGACUUCCAAACUGGCCUUUCGGACAGUUUCGCAUGGAAUUCUUUGCCAAUGUCGAUAGGAAACGAAGCCUCAGCUCUCCCGAACACUACGGUCUCAUCGAUCCCUCCUUAUUCCCCGCUUGAGUUCGCCAAUGCUAAUUGGGUGGCUUCCAACCACUCCUUGAUUCGUGUUCCACCUCAGAGCCCAUUGCGAGUCACCAAUGAACAGCCAGCGAGUAUAUUCUCAAAUGACAGUGCUCAAUUUCAGGAGCCGGGUAAAGAUAAAACCUCGCACAGUCAAUUCAGUCUUAUCAGCAAUACGGUUGAAGUUUCCAGAACUGCUUCACAGCAGCCAGACAUCAGUGGCAAAGUGGUCCAAAUGCAGGAACCAUCAAAGGCCAUCAAGACUUUGCUAAUCAAGAGAAAACGAUCCUUCACAGAGCAAUUGGAAGGGGGUUUCCAUAUGUCUUGUUAUGCAUUUGGUGGAUCACAGGACAUUAACAAACGAAGGAAAUGGACCCAAACUCGGAAGCAAAACACCAAAGACGUCAACGCCGCUGGGGGCGCGUGCUUUCGGUGUCGAUUGAAAAAGCUGCCUUGUUCAGGUACUCGCCCGUGCGACAGUUGCCGAAAAUUCCUAGAAAGAUCCAAAAUCUGGACUCUCGGCUUUGACUACGUCUGCACUGUUCGUUUCAGGUUGUCUGACAUCCUCGAAUCUCGGUCGUUAGGCCCACAUUUCCCCAUAUGCGGCCACAAGCAUAGUAGUUCAAUCGACCACUCUCAUUGCCUCGAACUCACUGCGAUGCACCGCUUGGAAGAAAUGUUUGCAAUCAUAUCGUUGGCAUGUUUUGCUGAAACGGCUCCUUUCUCCGGUUCAUUUGCAGAAUGUGUGGAUCCCUUGCCCAUUCUCCAGCGAGUGUUCAGCUUGUCACACAUUUCCGGCGUGGUGGCUCACAGAGUGGUCUACGGUCUUGAGGAGAAUUCCGCUACAUUCGGGGAAGCCGUCAUUCACAGCAUACUCGUCAACACCGUGGAGACCCUGAAAAUCGCUGACAGCCUCAUCGACCUAUUAUUCCGCCGAACAGCACCGAACAUCGUCGCCACCUUAAGACAACUCUUCCCUCCCUUAAUGAUCGGACUUCAACUUCAUCUAUACCCCAUAAUUAACCUCUUAAGAUCCAAAGACCAACCGUCUGAUCUACUAUCAAAGAUAGAGCACGUCAGAGGUGCAAUUGCGGCACGAUUUGAAACUAUCUGCAGCUCUUGUCCCUAUAUAGCUCAAUUCCGGAAACCUUGGUCUUCUACAUUAAAGCUUAUGGACACUAUGAAGAGCGAUAAAUUUCUGUAUGCCACAAUUUGCUUCUCACGAGAAGAAGUUGACGCGAACGUCGCCGAGGCCGACAUCGAAUUUCUCCUCUCGGGACUGAAGUGUAACUCGGACGGAGUCUACGAAUUGCCUGGGUUGUCUAAACCUCGCCGAAUGGAGAAGAACGUUGUCAGAUCUAUAUUCUUGACCCAUUAUCUCUCGAUUGCGUCCAACAUUGAAGAAGAUCUCCUCAAUCAAUUGGGUAUCUCCAGACGACUGGUUCUCCGUGAGCUUCGACGCCAGAGCCAGGUCACUAUGAAUCAUUUCGACGCCCAUCUCCACAUAUCAAUAACAUCCAACUAUUAUCUACUCCACGCCGAAUCCAUCCUCAGCCCCAAAUAUUCACAUGUUCUCUCAGACUACGUGGCAGUGUUUUUCAACGGCUUUGCUCGCUUCUUGUUUGACAGGUACAAAGCGAAGACUAUUGUUUCUCGCGAAGUGGACCGAACAAUUAUUUUCAACCUCGCCUAUACACUGGCCCUCGAGCUGUUCCUGUGUGAAAAGCCUCAAUUAGAGUCGGGAGGUGCUUCCAGCUUUCGGAAGGAUUUCCUCCCCUCUGCAGUAUUUGAAUUAGACAGCCUGCUUGAAUAUUUGCCUCCGUUAAGCGACGAAAUCCGGGAACACACGAUUUGCGACAGCACCUGCUCGGCCAAGCAAGUCUCUUGGCGAUACAGAUUGGGACCACAGCACAAAGGUGACAGCAUUACCGAAUUGGUCAGUGUGACCAAUGACGACGACGGCUCUGAGUGUAGAACGACCCUACACCGCGGCCCGUGCCAUCUUCACCCAGAGAAUCAUCCAUGCCAGUCUCCGAAGAAAUGCAUCGUUUGCUUCCUCAGAAAGUGGAGACCGUCGUCAAAAACGUCCAUAUCAUGGUGCAUGGCUUGGUCACCUGGCUACAAAGGUGACCCCCUACGAGGCUAA